CGGGGCCAGCACGUCUAGCCAGCUAGAAGUGCCACGACUUCACAGCGGACCACGGACUCUCCAGCGGAGUGAGGGGGAGCGCACUGGAAAAGAAGAAAAAAAAACGCUAGUUAGCCACAUAGCUGGAUAGAUAGAUAGCUUCGCGUAAAAGUCACUUCAUCUACAAGUCCAAGCUUUUUUUUUUUUGCCCUCUUCUCCGCUCCCUUUGAAGCAAACAGGCGUCGCUCCAUCCUCAGCGAGGUUAACUGAAAUUGAACAAUGGAUAUCUACGACCCCCAGACCCUUGGGAUAAUGGUGUUUGGUGGAUUCAUGGUGAUCUCUGCUGUUGGGAUUGCUCUUGUCUCCACCUUCUCCAUGAAGGAGACCUCUUAUGAGGAGGCCCUGGCUAAACAACGCAGAGAGCUGGGUAAGCCACAGUCUGCUCGCACAGACAAAAAGAAGAAGGACAAAGUAUCUGAGAAGAAGAGCCGUGGGAAGAAGAAAGACGAAAAACCCAAUGGAAAGAUCCCAGAGUCUGAAAAAAAUCAAGAGGAAGCUGAAGCUGAGAUAGUCAUUGAGCCUGCCGCUGCUGCCCCAGUUGUUGCUGCUGCCCCUGCCCCUGCCUCUGCCCCUGCCCCAGAGCCUGUCCCUGCUCUGGAGGUUAAACCAACUGCAGCCCCAGUGUCAGUAGAUGCUCAGCCCAAGCCUGCAGCUGAACCAAGCCCUGCUCUGAGUGACCCAUCGCCUGCACCCUCACCUAAAGAGAAAAAGAAGAAGAAGCAGGUGGCCAAGGUAGAGCCCGCCUCCGCGCAAACAGCUCCACCAGUGGCUGCCUCUGCACCAGUCAAGUCUUCCGCAGCCCCCGUGUCAACCCAGGCUCCUCCCCCAGCCAAGUCUGCCCCAACUAAAACCACAGCUCCAUCCUCUGCACCUGCCCAAGCUAAGGCUGCUCCUGCAUCCACCAAGUCUGCCCCUGCCCCUGCAUCAGUUAAGUCUGCUCCUGCCCCUGCAGCCACUAAGUCUGCACCUGCAUCAACUAAGUCUGCACCUGCACCUGUUAAGUCUGCCGCUGCCCCUGCAUCUGCCAAAUCUGCCCCCGCACCAGCAAAGACGGCCUCUGCACCGGCAAAGUCUGCUCCAGCCCCAGCAAAGUCUGCUGCAGCCCCUGGCAAGUCUUCGUCAGCUCCAUCCAAGAGUGCCCCAGUGCUGGAGGCCGUCACUAAAGACGUCCCAGUGAUGGCAGUGCCCCCAGUCGGAUCUCAGCAGGCUCCUGCAGGAAAAGCCCAGGAGCCCAAGAAGAAGGCCUCCAAGAAGAAGACUGAGCCUGUGGCAGCGGUGGAUUCUGCUGAUGCUCCGCUGUACCUUCCCUACAAGGCUCUGGUGUCAACCAUCAGCAGCAUGGUGUUCAGUGAGGGAGAGGCUCAUAGGCUCAUCGAGAUCCUGUCUGAGAAAGUUGGCAUCAUUCAGGACACCUGGCACAUGGCCACUCAGAAAGGAGACCCAGUGGCCAUUCUGAAAAAACAACUGGAGGAGAGGGAGAAACAGCUGGCAGCAGAACAAGAGGAUGCUUCUGCAGUGAAGAACCGUCUCAGAGAACUCACCAAGGAGCUGUCAACUGAGAAGUCCAAGGUGGCCAGUGUGGAGACGAGGCUGAGUUCCCAGCUGAGUAAGAGGGAGCAAGAAAUGAUUGCUCUUCAAGCUCGCAUGCAGGCCAGUUACCAGGACCAUGUGGCGCAGACCCAGGGGCUCAAUGCAAAGAUCCUCAGCCUGCAGGACCAGCUGGAAAAAGGCCCCAAUGCUCAGCUGGCCCGUCUACAGCAGGAGAACUCUAUUCUCCGUGACGCCCUCAACCAAGCCACAAGUCAGGCUGAGAGCAAACAAAAUGCGGAGCUGGCAAAGCUGCGUCAGGAAUGCACAAAGUUAACCAAGGAACUUGGAGAGAAGACAGAAAGUCUGCUUGCCGAUGAGCACAUCAGGAAAGGGCUGGAGGCCAAGAUCUCCGCUACCGAGAAGCAGCUGUCCCUGCUGCAGGCCAGCCGUUCGGAAAGCGAGCAGGCGUCGCAGAGGAGACUGGAGGAGGUGUCCGAGGAGCUCAGAAAAACACAGAGCAAAAACAGCAGCCUGCAGGCCGCUUUGGACAAGACCCAGCAGGACAGCAGCGCACUGUCAGAGUUUCAGGUGCGUAUCGGGGGACUGGAGGCUGAGCUCAAGGAGCGCUCUGCUCAGGUGGAUGCCCUCACUACCCAGCUGGAGGGGACACAGGCAGAGAAAAGCCAACUUGUACAGCAGGUGGCUUCCAUCAACUCACUGUUGGAGGCCAGUCAGACCAAAAAAGAGGAAGAUAACAAUCAGGUGAAUACAGCGGAAGUGGAACAGCUUAAGCUCAGCCUUCAGGAGAGAGACAAUCAGUUGAGCACACUUCAUGAUGAACUGAAGCAACUGCAGGUGAAGCAGGAAGCUGCUGAGAACACUAUUGCUGAGCUAGAGCAAAAAAAUAAGAGUGUCACGUCACUUCAGGAUGAACUUAAAAAACUCAAAGAAGAAAUGGUGCAACUUAACAACGCACCACAGUCAGAUAACGCGGCAGAGCUCGGAGUACUACAGAACAGUCUGACUGAGAAGGAUGCCCUUGUCACAUCACUACAAGAGGAGCUGAGGGAAGUGAGAGAAAAGCAGAGCAAUGAUGCAAGUGUUACGGCAGAACUGACAGCUUUUCAAACUGAAACCAAAGAAACUCUGCAGACACUCUUCCCACAGAUACCCAUAGAGACAGACCAGUCCAACUGGUUACAAGUAUUUACCCAGAAAGCUCAGGAGGCUCGUAGCCAGCAGAGCCAGGAGUCUCAGUCAAGCACAGCGUUGCCUGAGUUGCUCGAGAAACUGAAGGAGGCUGAGGAGAGCCAUGGCUCACUGCAGGCUGAAUGUGAACAGUACAGGACAGUCCUGGCUGAAACGGAAGGAAUGCUGAAGCAUCUGCAGAAGAGUGUGGAGGAAGAAGAGCUGGUAUGGAAGUCCAAGAUGGCUAACUCAGAGGAACAGCUGAGGGUGGCUUUGGAGAAGGCAAGCAAACUGGAGGCAGAAAACCAAAGUGUAGAACAGUUGAAGGAGCAGAUGAUGCUUCUGGAAGCCCAGCUGGAGAAGCAGUCAGACAACCAGGAGGUCUCAGAGGAGAUGGAGCAGCUGAAGCUGCAGCUGUCUGAGUGUCAGAGCCAGCUGGAUUUGGCCCAGAAGGAGGCCCAGGCACACAAGGAGGAGCUUGCACAGGUCAGAGAGCAGCUGGGCGAGAUCACGAUGCGGGCUCACCAAGAACAGAAUGGCCCAGCUGACGCUCAACCCAGCCAGGUUCAGAACGACUUGAGUCAGACAAAUGAGAAGCUGCACAGAGAGGUGGCUCAGAGGCAGCAGCUUUUGGAAGAGUUUGAGCAGGCCCAGAAGACUAUAACAGAUCUUCAGGCUCAGCUAGAUCUUCUAAGUGUUCCUGCAGAGUCACCACAAGCUGAUAUAGAAGAUGUCGCUCAGAUCAAGGAGCGUCUGGAGAAGGAAAAGAAGCUGUCCAAAGACCUGGGCCAGGCUGCCACCAAGCUCCAGCAGCUUCUCAAAGCCACUCAGGAGCAACUGACCAAAGAGAGGGACACAGUGAGAACACUACAAGAGCACCUGGAAGGCAAGGGAGAAUACGUGGAGCUGAAGGAAGGAACAUCCGUCUAAGAGGAAGUUCGCUGCAGACACUACAAAAAAAAAAAAACUGCCAAAUAUGCCUUAUGAUUACCAUAGUUAUGCAUUCCAAAACUAUUCUUUCUUGUACUGUAGUCGAUUGCAUUUGUUUCAACUGUAGGAAUCAGAUGUUUGAUAUUCAUGAGCAUUUCAAAGUAAGAUUAGGAGGAGAUAAUCCUGAUACAAUCUUUAUUGAAACCCACAUUCCAUCAACAAUUCUGGCUAUGUCAGAAGUUAUUUAUCCCCCUGCCUUUAUAUACCAAACAUUUCCCCAUAGUUCAGUGUUAAAAAGGGAAACCGAUUGUACGUCAAACGUACAUCAACCUGUGCAAUUACUUUGUAUGUCUUUUCUAUGUGGUUGAAUGAUAGGAACAUUUUAUGGUUCAAUGUUUCAUUACAUUUAGGGCCUGCUUUCCUCUGUAGCCGGCUGCCAAUAACAUGCAUCGAAUUUGUAUGAAUGAAUAAACUACGGUGUAGCUCUAUGUUUAA